AUGGCAGAAGCUGUUGUCGGGAAGCUCGUGGUCAUGCUUGGCGCGGCGCUGGCGAAAGAGGCGGUCAUCUUGGGCCGGGCGCUGCUCGGCAAGGAAGCCACCGCCCUCAGGGGCCUCUUCAGCAACAUCCGUAGGUCCAAGGCGGAGCUGGAGAGCAUGCAAGCGUACCUGCAGGAGGCAGAGCGGUUCAAGGACACCGACCAGACCACCGCCAUCUUCGUCGGCGAGAUAAGGGGCCUGGCCUUCCGGAUCGAGGACGUCGUUGACGAGUUCAUCUAUAAGCUGGAGGACUGCAAGCAUGGAGGGUUCGCUGGCAAGAUGAGGAAGCGGCUGAAGCAUAUCAAGGCAUGGCGGUGUCUGGCAGCCAAGCUCCAAGAAAUUGAAGCCCAGCUGCAGGAUGCCAACCGAAGGAAGAGAGAUUAUGCCGUCACUGGCAGAUCUGCUACUGCUGCCAGAUCGACGAAUCAAGUUCAAGCUUUGCACUUCACCAGGGAUGAGGACCUUGUGGGGAUCGAAGAGCACAAGGAGAGGUUGAUACGGUGGCUGACAGGCAGUGGUGAUGGUCCGGAGCAGAGCAGCAGCAAAGUCACCAUGGUUUGGGGGAUGCCUGGUGUUGGUAAAACCACUCUGGUUGAUCAUGUGUACAACACCAUGAAAGAGGACUUUGACGUGGCGGCAUGGGUAACUGUGUCAGAAAGUUACCGUAUUGAGGAUCUGCUGAAGAAGAUCGCCUCCCAGUUCAGCAUCACAGUCGACAUUGCCAACAUUGAGGUGAGAGGCCUAGCAAAGUCCAUCCACAACUACCUUCAAGGUAAAAGGUACAUCUUGGUCCUAGAUGAUGUUUGGGAUGAGCGCUUGUGGUCGGAGAUAAGGGAUAUCUUCCCAACAUCUAACUGUAUCGGCCGAGUUGUUAUGACAUCAAGAAAGCAGACAGUGCUGGCAACUAGGGAGUCUGCAUAUGCAAUUCACUUAGAACCACUACAAGCACAUCACUCAUGGGUGUUGUUCUGCAAACGGGCAUUUUGGAAUGAUGAUGACAAAAAGUGCCCGCUAGAGCUGCAGGAAUUGGCUUGGAAGUUCAUAGCAAAGUGUCAAGGUUUUCCUAUUGCUAUUGCGUGCAUUGGGCGCCUACUCUCCUGCAAACCCCAAAAUUCCGCUGAAUGGGAGGAUGUGUACAUGUGUUUGGAUUCGCAGUUUGCGAAAGAAGUGAUUCCUGAUGCUCAUUUAAUCCUAAAGGUAAGCUUGGAGGACCUUCCAUGUGAUUUGAAGAAUUGUUUCUUACACUGUGCAUUGUCCCCAGAAGAUUAUGUAUUAAAGAGGAGGAAGACAAUGAGGCAGUGGAUCACGGCAGGGUUUAUCACGGAAAAAGAUGAGAGCAAAACAUUGGAGGAAGUGGCAGAGGGAUACUUGGUUGAGCUUGUGAACCGAAGCCUAUUACAGGUAGUGCUAAGGAAUUAUGCCGGACGACUAAAACACUGUCGGAUGCAUGAUGUGAUACGACUUCUUGCCCUCGACAAAGCCAAGGAAGAAUGCUUCGGUAAAGUUUAUAAUUUCUCUGGUGGUACUAGGGCAUUCUCUUUAGAGGGUGCACGUCGCAUAUCAGUCGUCUUGGGAAACAUUGAACAACUGAGCCUAUCUGGUGCAACACAGCUUCGUGCGCUCCAUGUAUUUGAGAAGUAUUUCAAUGUUGAUUUUCUGAAGCCUGUCCUAACAACUUCAAAUUUGAUGUCAACGUUGGAUCUACAAGGUACUUGUAUCAAAAUUCUGCCCAAUGAGAUAUUCGAUUUGUUUAAUCUGCGUUAUUUGGGUCUUAGAGAUACCGAGAUUGAAAGCCUUCCUGAAGCACUGGGGAGGCUGCAGAACUUGGAAGUCUUGGAUGUUAUGAGUUCUAAGUUGACGUAUUUGCCAAACAGUGUGGUAAAGCUUCAGAAGUUGAGAUACCUGUAUGCGUGCACUACCACCAUAUCAGAAACUUUAACAAUAGGCGGAGUCAAGGUGCCUAAUGGGAUGCAGCACAUGGCAGGACUGCGGUCUCUUCAGUCCAUUAAAGCCACUCCAGAGUUUCUGCAUGAAGUUGGAGCUCUAACAGAGCUAAGAACAUUCAGCAUUUGCAAUGUGAGAAGUGGACACUCUGCUGACUUGAGCAGUGCUAUCACCAAAAUGAGCCGUCUUGCUCAUCUUGAAAUUAUAGCUGCAGCUGAGGAUGAGGUGCUGCGGCUGGAAGGGCUAUAUUUACCUCCAACCCUUUCAAGGCUUGGUUUAGCGGGGCAGCUAGAAAAAACAUCGAUGCCUCAUCUUUUCUCUUCUUGGUCACACCUUAAUAGCCUCACUCGGUUGGACCUGGCAUUCUCCAAUAUUGAUGAGCAAACCUUUUCCUGUCUUUGUCAAUUACAUGGUCUAUGCUCUCUUCUGCUAUGGAAUGCUUUCGAAGGGAAGAGGUUGGAUUUUUAUGCAGGGUCAUUUCCAGAACUUCGGCAUCUAGACAUAUGUGGCGCGGCACAGCUCAGCCAAGUUGGAAUAGAGGAGGGCGCGAUGCAAAACCUCGUUGAGCUAUGGUUCGGAGACUGUCCUGACCUAAGGUUUCUUCCUGAUGGUAUCAAACAUCUUGCAGCCCUUGAGAAAUUAGUUCUAAAAGACACAUCAGAAGAGCUGAUAGAGAAGCUCCGGCAGGAGAGAGAUUCAGAUGAAUGCAACGAUGAUUUAAUGAAGAUUAGCCACAUAAGGAAUGUUACGGUUGCCCUGAUGCAGAAAGGACUUGUCGAAAGGAUUAGGUGAU